GUUACGAAUUGUCAGUAAUGUCAAAUUUGUUUUUGUGAAAUAUUUUACUAUAAUUUAUUAUAAGAUUUUAUAGAUAUAAUAUCGUUAUGCCAGUGGAUUGCCAGAAAUCAACAUCGGGUGGAAAGGGUAAUCGAGGAAUGUUUAUAGAAAGAGAUAAUAAAAUUUGUGCUGCAGGGUUAUCCACAGCUCAGGCCAAUGAAUUCGUCGCAGAUUGUCUGCAACACUAUUUAUUGAAAGAUGAAGUAGACGCUCUUAUCAGCGAUUCUGUUAUUCCUCAUAAAAAGCCACCACCAGCACCACCUUUACGAUAUCCGUUACCACUUGACAAACGUUUCGCUGGACCAUUUGGAGAAGUUGCAGAACUUAUAAACCCACCUAUUAAAACAAAAUUUCAAAUGUUAGUAGAUGACAUUAAAGACACACCAUACUCUUCGUAUUGGAAAAAACCUCUAGGGAAAAGUAGUGACCAAGUGCCAAUGUUACCAGAAGGACUUGAUACAUUGAGAACAACAUUUGGUAAGAAAACCAACUUCCAUGGUCGUUUAUAUGAUAUCAUAAUGCCGAAAACACGGUGUAAAAAAAUCAAUAAUAAAUCAAAAGAGCCUGGUGUUCAAAUGAACCGUAAUUAUUGUACACCUGCAUAUAAUCCAGAUCUGACAUUUGGUUAUAGAACAUUUGCUGAUAAACGUGGCACAUACGCAAGAUGUUGCGUUACUGAUGACAGAAUCAAGCUUGGGAAUGGCGGUAAAUGUGUUAUAAAUACAUUGCAAUCUAAUUUUGAAGAUCUAACUCAACCUAGAAUAGGUACAGUACUAGCCCCUAACAACAACACUGAUAGUUUACCCCAAGGCCAUACAUUCGGAAAAUUAAAACCUCCAGACAACAUUGUCGAAUGCUUAACAUUUUGUGAACGAAACACUGACCAAGAUUUUUACAGAAAAUGUUUGGGCCACCUAAAUACUAUUAGAAAAUACUUGUCUAAGCGGUUUCUUCCUACAUUUUUCCAGGGAUUUUAUUUCAAUCUUAAAUAUUUUGAUAAUGAAAAAUCUGGUUGGCUUCCAAAAGAUAUUGUAUAUAACGCGUGUGCAUCGAAAUUGAUAAGAUUCGAUUCAGCUUUAAUAGAGCCUCUAUUACUUUUAUGGGACGCAUUUGAUGGUAAGCAAAUUAAAUACAAGACAUUUGUUCAUAUAAUCAAUUUUAAAGAACCCUUACCAGAAAUCCCAAAAAUGUCUGAUUUACCACCAACCUGCCUUGAUUUUCGAACUACUUAUUCAGAUAUGGUAAAACCUGGUCAAGAAAAAGAUGAAAAACGAAUGGCGGGCAUACCUUCAGGUCGUUACUUCGAUUUAGACUUUCCGAUUACACCAGAAAAUUGCUGUAAAGCUGACCGAUUAUGCCUGCCUCAUGAAUCUGAUAUGAAAGCCUGUCUAUGUCCAAGUGUUUUGACAUUAUUUCAUGUUAAUCAUCGAGAUAUGUUUGCAAAACGAGAACCACAUAUAAUUAAAAAAGUUUUUGAAAGUGCGGGUGAGUGUUUAAGUGACGAGGCUUUUGAUGCUGUCUGGAAUGAAGCUAAAACUUAUCAUUCAAUGGGAUGGGUUUGUUUUGAAACGUUUCGGCGAGCUUUAGAAAAAUAUUUAAGAAAUAAUAACGACAAGGAGAAAAGGACAUAAAUUAAUGAAUAAAUCAAAUUU